UCAGCGCAGCCAACUCGACAGCAACACUUCCAUUUUCCUUGCUGACACUGAUUCGCCUCUUGGCAGUUUAAUUAUUAUUUUUUUAAUCCUGAGAAGCAACAGUGUGAGCAGCUUCUCAUUAUCACUCAGGUUGUUGCGUCUCCUCAGCGGCUUCAAUUGGAUCCCUCCCUCUGUGCUUUUUUCCCCCCGUGAAGCUGAUCAGCAUCUCCUUUUCCCCUCCUCUCUCUACUUCUUUUACAGUUUUACUUUUUGCGGGAGGAAGCUUUUUGUACAGACACUCAGUCUUCACCACAGCAGCCCCAGUAGCAUGUUGGACCCGUCUUCCAGCGAGGAGGAAGGGGAUGAGGUGCAGGAGGUUGAGCGCAAAGAGGUGGCGGCCCCGAAGAGCGCCGGAGGAGCCCGACUGUCACCGGGCCGCGCCGCCGACAGCCACGGCGGCGGAGGGCUUCAGCCGCGGGGCCGAGGGAGCGGCGGCGGUGGCGGCGGUGGCUGCUGCCGUCCCUCCAGCCCCAGCCCGUCCGUGGGCAGCGACAAGGAGAAGGAAGACCUGGAGAAGAUGCAGAGGGAAGAGGAGGAGAGGAAAAAGAGACUCCAGCUGUAUGUGUUUGUGAUGCGCUGCAUCGCUUAUCCCUUCAACGCAAAGCAACCGACUGAUAUGGCAAGACGGCAGCAGAAGAUCAGUAAACAGCAUCUGCAGACAGUCAAAGAACGUUUCCAGUCCUUCCUCAGUGGAGACACUCAGAUCGUGGCUGACGAGGCUUUCAUCAAUGCUGUGCAGAGCUACUAUGAGGUCUUCCUAAAAAGUGACCGUGUCUCCAGGAUGGUGCAGAGCGGCGGCUGCUCAGCCAGUGACUCCCGGGAAGUUUUCAAGAAGCAUAUAGAGAAGCGUGUGCGCAGUCUGCCUGAGAUUGAUGGCCUGAGCAAAGAGACGGUCCUGAGCUCCUGGCUUGCCAAGUUUGACACCAUCUACCGUGGUGAAGAGGAUCCCAGGAAGCACCAGCAGAGGAUGACAGCCAGCGCCGCCUCUGAGCUCAUCCUCAGCAAAGACCAGCUCUAUGAGAUGUUUCAGCAGAUCCUGGGCAUCAAGAAAUUUGAACACCAACUCCUUUAUAACGCCUGCCAGCUGGACAACCCCGAUGAGCAGGCGGCGCAGAUCAGAAGGGAGCUUGAUGGACGACUGCAAAUGGCAGACCACAUCACUCGACAUGGCGGAAGGUUCCCAAAGUUCCCCACCAGGGAGAUGGAGGCCAUGUUCAUCGAAGAGCUGCGCUCCUCUGUCAACCUGCUGAUGGCCAACCUGGAGAGCAUGCCCGUGUCCAAGGGAGGAGAGUUCAAGCUGCAGAAGCUGAAACGAGGCCACAACACGUCCAUCAUGGACAUGGGUCAGGAGGACGAGAACACGUUGUCCAAAUCUGACGUGGUUCUGUCUUUCACUCUGGAGGUGGUGAUCAUGGAGGUCCAGGGUCUGAAGUCACUGGCUCCAAACAGGAUUGUUUACUGCACCAUGGAGGUGGAGGGAGGACAUAAACUGCAAACAGACCAGGCUGAGGCCUCCAAGCCCACUUGGGGUACCCAGGGUGACUUCACCACCACUCAGCCAUUACCUGCUGUCAAAGUGAAGCUGUUUACGGAGAGCACAGGAGUGUUGGCUCUGGAGGAUAAGGAGCUGGGCAGGGUUGUGCUCCACCCGACACCCAACAGUCCCAAGCAGUCCGAGCUCCACAAGAUGUCCGUGUCUAAAGGCUGUCCGGACAGUGACCUCAAGAUCAAACUGGCCAUUCGAAUGGACAAACCACAAAACAUGAAGCAUUGUGGGUAUCUUUGGGCCAUUGGCAAAAAUGUGUGGAAAAGAUGGAAGAAAAGAUUCUUUGUGCUGGUUCAGGUGAGUCAGUACACCUUUGCCAUGUGCAGCUACAGAGAGAAGAAGGCUGAGCCUGUGGAGCUUCUCCAGCUGGACGGUUACACUGUGGACUACACUGACCCUCAGCCAGGUUUGGACGGUGGUCGGACGUUCUUUAACGCUGUGAAAGAGGGCGACACUGUGAUCUUUGCCAGCGAUGAUGAGCAGGACCGGAUUCUCUGGGUGCAGGCCAUGUACCGAGCCACUGGCCAGUCACACAAGCCAGUUCCUCCCACCCAGGUCCAGAAACUCAACUCGAGGGGAGGCACGGCACCACAGCUUGAUGCACCCAUAUCUCAGUUCUCUGGAUUAAAGGAUGCUGAUCGGGCCCAGAAGCACGGCAUGGAUGAGUUUAUUUCAGCCAACCCCUGUAACUUUGACCACGCCUCGCUCUUUGAGCUUGUACAGCGACUCACCCUGGACCACAGGCUCAACGACUCCUACUCCUGCCUGGGUUGGUUCAGCCCUGGUCAGGUGUUCGUCUUGGAUGAGUACUGCGCUCGCUAUGGCGUUCGAGGCUGCCAUCGCCAUCUAUGCUACCUGAGUGAUCUGCUGGAGAGGGCGGAGAACGGAGCCAUGAUCGACCCUACCCUUCUGCAUUACAGCUUUGCCUUCUGUGCCUCUCAUGUCCAUGGAAACAGUCAGCGUGUGUUUGAGUUGCUAAAUUGGCCAGUAUCGCAGGCCGAACUCGAACAGGCCCUUUUCCCUUGUGUCCCUGAACUCCCAGCCCAAACUGCUAAGAGAGAACUCAAAAUCAUUGAGUUCAUGAAGAAAAAGGACUUCUGGUCCCCAAUUUUCUCAGGAUCCAGGAGGCCCGACGGUAUUGGCACAGUGACGGUGGAAGAGAAGGAGCGCUUCGAGGAGAUCAAGGAGAGGCUACGUGUGCUUUUGGAAAAUCAGAUCACACACUUCAGGUACUGCUUUCCAUUUGGACGACCAGAGGGAGCUCUGAAAGCCACAUUGUCCUUGCUUGAACGGGUUCUGAUGAGAGAUAUUGUCACACCUGUUCCACAAGACGAAGUCAAAGCUGUCAUCCACAGAUGUCUAGACCAGGCAGCUCUGGUCAAUUACCAACGCUUGUCAGAAUAUGCCAAAUUGGAAGGGAAAAAGAGAGAGAUGUAUGAGCAUCCUGUCUUCUGCUUGGCGUCUCAAGUGAUGGAUUUAACCAUUCAGAAUGUAGGGCGGUUAGUCACUCCUGCCAAAAAGCUGGAGGACACCAUUCGCCUGGCUGAGCUGGUGAUUGAGGUCCUUCAGCAGAAUGAGGAACACCAUGCUGAGGGAAAAGAGGCCUUCGCCUGGUGGUCAGACCUGAUGGUGGAGCACGCUGAGACCUUCCUGUGCCUCUACUCAGCUGACAUGGACGCUGCACUUGAAGUUCAGCCGCCCGACAGCUGGGACAGUUUCCCCCUCUUCCAGCUGCUCAACGACUUCCUGAGGGUUGACUAUAACCUGUGCAACGGGAAGUUCCACAAACACCUGCAGGACCUGUACGCUCCACUGGUGGUGCGAUAUGUUGACCUGAUGGAGUCGUCGAUCGCUCAGUCCAUUCACAGAGGCUUUGAAAGGGAAUCCUGGGAACCUGUCAAAAUCAUAACAAGCACUCUGCCCACUGUCAACCUUCAAAUGCCCAAAGUAUCAAAUCUAACUGUGCCAAGUGUUAACCUCCCACAAAUGUCCAGCUUCUCUCCAACCAACUGGAUGACAGCUAAUCAUGACUCUGAUAAUGGUUCGGGUACUUCUGAGGAUCUCUUCUGGAAGCUGGAUGCCCUGCAGACCUUCAUCAGAGACCUCCACUGGCCUGAGGAAGAGUUUGGUAAACACCUGGAGACCCGGCUGAAGCUGAUGUCCAGUGACAUGAUUGAGUCAUGUGUUAAACGGACAAGGGCUGCAUUCGAAGUAAAGCUUCAGAGGAGCAGCCGGGCCACAGACUUCCGCGUGCCACAGUCCAUCUGCACCAUGUUCAAUGUCAUGGUGGAUGCCAAGGCCCAGUCAGCCAAGCUAUGUGCCAUGGACCUGGGACAGGAGUUUGUGAGAGACUGGAGACAAUAUCACUCCCAAAUCGACAAUCUAAUUGAGGAGACGGUGAAGGAGAUGAUAACUCUGCUUGUAGCAAAGUUUAUGGUCAUUCUAGAGAGUGUCUUAGCCAAACUCUCCAGAUAUGAUGAGGGGACACUCUUUUCUUCCUUCCUAUCUUUCACAGUGAAAGCUGCUUCGAAAUAUGUGGAUGUACCUAAGCCAGGGAUGGAUGUGGCCGAUGGUUAUGUAACAUUUGUCCGUCAUUCCCAGGACAUGCUGCGGGAGAAGGUCAACGAGGAGGUGUACAUAGAGCGAUUAUUUGAUCAAUGGUACACCAGCACCAUGAACCUCCUAGGAACAUGGCUGACUGAUCGUAUGGACCUUCAGCUCCACGUUUAUCAGCUGAAGAUUCUCAUCAGGAUUGUCAAGAAAAAGUACCGUGACUUCCGCCUUCAAGGAGUGCUGGACUCCACAUUGAACAGCAAGAUGUAUGAAACAGUGAGAAACCGGCUGACACUGGAAGAAGCCACUGCCUCAGUGAGGGAAGGAGGGAUGCAAGGCAUUUCCAUGAAGGACAGCGAUGAAGAGGACAACGACAACUGAAUCUCUGAGACUGAAAUAUUUAAGGAUAUAGUUUUUCAGAGGGUGAGUGGUGAGAACUCAUGUAGCCUUUCCAGGUAAAAAAACAAAACAAAAAACUGGCCUAACAUUCAACUUGGUCCCUCCAUUGUUUGCUUUAAUUGUUCCAUCCCAUUGAAAGUUAUAAAGACAAAUAAUGCAUUUUGUAAGGUAAGAGCUCAAAGGUAAAAGUCAAAACAGCCAAGAACUGAAGGACAGUGAGAGUAUCUUAAAGCAACACUAUGUAACUUUUGCUGGACGUUCUGUUACUGUAGCAAACAUGCCACGAUAAAAACAUACAUUCAAUUACUUUUUCAACUGACCUCAAUUCAGCAUUACUCUUGAACUUGCUGGACCUGAUUCCUUAACUUUGGGUCGCUGACCUUCAUGAAGUUAUGUACUCCUUUCUUGUGUUUCUACCCGUUCACCAAACAUGUCUCAAAGUGACUCAUCAUAAGUUUGAAGCUGUUAUCUUAAGUUAUCUUAGGGUAACAAAUAUGUUGCAAAGUGUUGCUUUAAAUCAAUCAAUUUCUGAGUGAAGUAAGUUUUGUGAAAAUACAACAGAGGCAAAAACAAGUCUGUGGUGUUUCAGAGCAGCACAAGUGCAACCAGGAAGACUCACCAUGCAUAGCAGCCUUACAAAGAAGAUGAUUUAAAAAUGCAGGUGAUUGUAUCUACGGUAGAUUUGUCUUUAGGAGGCAUGAGAAAUAUUCUGUUAUAUCGUUUCGUUGUGCAACCCAGAAUGUCUACGAGCUUUUUGUGUGCUUAUCGCUGAGAUUUGUCUUUCACAGUCGGAAAUGUACAGGCCACUGUACUGUGGUUGAAAGUGAAAUGGUGAAAUGUAGAAAAAAAAAACGAUGUCUGUUUAUUUGUAAGCCUGCCAACAAAUGCAUGAUCAAAUUAUCACUGUUGAAGUCAUGUUGUGAUAGAUCCAAAAUGUCAAAUGGAGCUAGAACUGAUGGGUUAAUGUCAGACUGA